AUGUUGACCUCCCCGCGACGAUGGAUCUUCAUCGUCUCUCCAUUCAUUACUCUAACAUUGGUCUAUUACCUCUUCCUCUCACCAAAUACCGACCCCAUCACAUUAAAUUUCCGAGGCCAAUGGACACAUUCGGACCAAGAACCCAUGAUCCUCGAGGGAACACGCCCUCUCUCAGGAGCAGGAUCCGACAAGUCGAAUCAGCAGCAAAUCUCCGAUGAUUGGUUCGAGGAGGACCGAUGUGGGAAAUUGCGCAAGGACAUGGAUGAUGUCUUUGUCGUCUUGAAGACUGGUGCGACAGAAGCCCGCGACAAAGUUCCGGUACAAUUGCGCACGACACUCCAGUGUGUCCCGCAUUAUGCUGUUUUCUCCGACUACGAGGAGACCAUCAAUGGCGUGCGCACUUACGAUGUUCUACAGAAUAUCACCGAAUCAACCAUGAACGAGGCGCCCGAGUUUGAAAUCUACCACCGAUUACAAGAAGUCGGGCCUGACGGUCUAACAGACGAAGAAAUGGGCGAUGACUCGAACGGCCCCUUCGGCAAAACCAACAACCCAGGCUGGAAGCUCGACAAAUGGAAGUUCCUCCCCAUGAUCGCCGGCGCACUCGAGAUGCAACCCCAAGCAAAAUGGUACAUUUUCAUCGAAGCCGACACCUACAUGGUCUGGCCCAACCUAGUAAACUGGCUCGCCCAUCUAGACCACCGCCAGAACUACUACCUCGGCAGCCCCAUGCAAAUCGGCGACGUCCUCUUCGGCUACGGCGGCGCAGGAAUCAUCCUCUCCAGCCGAACGGCCUAUCACCUGCACAACUACCGGUCCAAGCACCAACAAGAACUCGAACACAUGACCAGUCAAGAAUGGGCCGGCGACUGCGCCCUCGCCCAAGCCCUCAAAGAAGUCCACGUCGAACUCACCUGGGCCUGGCCUAUGAUGAUGACAUCCCGACCACACGAGAUCGAUCAUUUCUCCGAAGCAUACGGCCGCCAACCAUGGUGUUACCCGGCCGUGUCAUACCACCACAUGAGUCCGCGCGAUAUCGAGGAAAUGUGGCGGUUUGACCGGGGCUGGUUUAAGAGUGGGAAGAAUGCGCUCUUAUUGCAUGGUGAUGUUUAUCGUGAGCUUGUGCAUAAUCGUUCGCUUGCUGAACGGCCUGAUUGGGAUAAUCUUUCGCCGGCGGUUAUUGAUUUUGAUCCCCCGACGCAGCCGUCGAGUGAGGCUUGUGCGGAUGCGUGUUCGCAGAAUAGCGAGUGUUUGCAGUUCUCGUUCAAUCAUGAGAUGCAGGCUUGUAAACAUGCUUCGACUACUUUUGGGGGUGUUGCUACGAAUGGGACUGAUUCAGGGUGGAUGACGCAUCGUGUUCAGAAAUUGCUGAAUAACUUUCAGUCUUCGUGUCCGGAGGUGCAGUACAUUUUUGAAUGA